GCGGCGGGCGCGGCCCGCAGAGCACGUCAGGCGGCGCCAUGCUCAGCGCCCGGGAGCGCGCCCAAAUCGCGCAGGUCUGGGACCUGAUCGCGGGCCACGAGGCGCAAUUCGGGGCGGAGCUGCUGCUCAGGCUCUUCACAGUGUACCCCAGCACCAAGGUCUACUUCCCGCACUUGAGCGCCUGCCAGGACGCGACGCAGCUGCUGAGCCACGGGCAGCGCAUGCUGGCGGCGGUGGGCGCGGCGGUGCAGCACAUGGACCACCUGCGCGCCGCGCUGAGCCCACUGGCGGACCUGCACGCGCUCGUGCUGCGCGUGGACCCAGCCAACUUUCCGCUGCUAAUCCAGUGUUUCCACGUCGUGCUGGCCUCCCACCUGCAGGACGAGUUCACCGUGGAAAUGCAAGCGGCGUGGGACAAGUUCCUGACUGGUGUGGCCGUGGUGUUGACGGAAAAGUACCGCUGAGCCUAGUGCUGCGCAGGCCUUGGUUUGUGCCUGUCAAUAAACAGAGGCCCCAAACAUCUA